AGGCAGGAGAGAGCCCGGAUGGAUUUCGGGAGCGUCAUGAACCAGGCCCCAACCCCGUGCUCGCCGCCGGUCAACUAUGAGCUGCCAUCCCAGGGGGAGAGCAGCACGAAGCAGGUAGACACCCCGGAUGCCUCCAAAUCCCCCAGGAGCGGGCAGUCACGCUGCAAAACAUCCAGGAGCACGAGCGUGGCCAUGGAGAGCAGCUGCGAGCUGGACCUGGUCUACAUCACGGAGCGGAUCAUCGCCGUGUCCUUCCCGAGCGCCGCCGAGGAGCACGGCUUCCGCAGCAACCUCCGCGACGUGGCCCACAUGCUGAGAUCCAAGCACGGGGACAGCUACGUGCUUUUCAAUCUCUCCGAGCGCAGACAUGACAUCAACAAACUCCAUCCCAAGGUGCUGGAUUUCGGCUGGCCUGACCUGCACACCCCUGCGCUGGAGAAGAUCUGCAGCAUUUGCAAAGCCAUGGACACGUGGCUCAACGCGGCGGCUCACAACGUGGUGGUGCUGCACAACAAGGGCAAUCGCGGCCGGCUGGGCGUUGUGGUGGCUGCCUACAUGCACUACAGCAACAUCUCAGCCAGCGAGGACCAGGCUCUGGACAGGUUUGCCAUGAAGCGCUUCUACGAGGACAAGGUGGUGCCGGUGGGACAGCCCUCGCAGAAGAGGUACAUCCAUUACUUCAGCGGCCUCCUCUCCGGCACUAUUAAGAUGAACAACAAACCUCUCUUCCUCCACCACGUCAUCAUGCAUGGCAUCCCCAACUUCGAGUCCAAAGGCGGUUGUCGGCCCUUCCUGAAAAUCUACCAGGCCAUGCAGCCCGUCUACACCUCGGGGAUCUACAACGUGCAAGGGGACAGCCAGACGGGCAUCUGCAUCACCAUUGARCCUGGCCUGCUCCUCAAGGGUGAUAUCUUGCUGAAAUGCUACCACAAGAAGUUUCGCAGUCCAACCCGUGAUGUGAUUUUCCGGGUGCAGUUCCACACGUGCGCCGUGCACGACCUUGACAUUGUCUUUGGCAAGGAGGAUCUGGACGAAGCGUUCAGAGAUGACCGCUUCCCUGAGUACGGGAAGGUGGAAUUUGUGUUCUCUUAUGGCCCUGAGAAGAUCCAAGGCAUGGAGCACCUGGAGAAUGGGCCCAGCGUCUCUGUGGACUAUAACACAUCGGACCCRCUCAUCCGCUGGGAUUCCUAUGAGAACUUCAACAUCCAGCGCGAGGACAGUGCGGAAGGUUCCUGGGCUGAGCCCCCCGUGGCUGGCAAGCACCUGGAGAAAGAGGUUGGGCACACACAAGGGCCCCUGGACGGGAGCCUCUACGCUAAGGUGAAGAAGAAAGACUCCCUGCACGGCAGCACCGGCGCUGUCAACACCGCCCGCCUCCCGCUCCCGGCGGCGCCCAACCACGUGGAGCACACGCUCUCGGUGAGCAGCGACUCGGGCAACUCCACCGCCUCCACCAAGACCGACAGGACCGAUGAGCCGGGCGCGUCCGGGGCGCCCGGCGGCCACACGGUGCUGAGCCCCGAGGAGAAGCGGGAGCUGGAGCRGCUCCUUGUCGGCUUCGGCUUGGAGAGCGCAGCGCCCAUGCACAACCGCGCGCCGGGCCCGCCGCCCGCCCGCUUGCCCACCAUGACGGGCCGCCACGUGGUGCCGGCUCAGGUGCACGUCAACGGCAGCGCCGCGCCGCUGGUGCCCGAGCGCGAGACAGAUAUCUUAGAUGACGAGCUGCCCAACCAGGACGGGCACAGCGUGGGCAGCCUGGGCACGCUCUCCUCCCUGGAUGGCACCACCACCACCAGCGAGGCUGGGUACCACGAGGCCCCGCGCAUAGGGAGCCUCUCCUCCCUGCCCAACGGCCCUUCGAGCUACAACGGCACCGAGAAGCUGCUCAAAGAAGGGCUCUACGAUGCGGAGCCGCUCUCCAACGGUGGCUACCCCUACAACAACCAGAACACACUAAUGGGGCACCACAUCCGUGACCCACUCUCUCACUUGCGGCCGUCAGCAUCCGCUCAGGAGAGCCUGGCCGGCUACCCGCCGAGGCAGCCGGGCUCUCCAGCCCCGGUCUGGCUGCAGCCCCAGCCGCUGGCCAGCGUGCAGCCCUACUUGUACAGCUACGACCCUCCCGGCGCCUAUCGCUCCCAGUCCUACCCGGCGGUGGACUUGGCCAAGUACGACGCGAACCCCACGCUGCCCCAGGCCCCGGCUCGCAGCACCAGCAGCCGGGAGGCCGUGCAGAGGGGCUUGAAUUCCUGGCAGCAGCAAGGCGGGAGCCGGCCGCCUUCCCGGCUGCAGGACGGUGCCUUGGAGAGCCACAGCCCCAGCGUCUCCAGCUGCAGCCCCCAGCCCAGCCCGCUGCAGCUCGUGCCCCCGCACAGCCACAGCAUGCCCGAGUUCCCGCGGGCUCCGUCCCGCCGGGAGAUCGAGCAGUCCAUUGAGGCGCUCGAUGUCCUCAUGCUUGACCUCGCUCCCGCCGUGCACAAGUCGCAGAGUGUGCCCGUGACGUCCCAUGAAGACAAGCCGGGGUCCCUGGUCUCCUCGCUGUCAGCCCAGCCUGUUUCGGGUCUCUAUGGCCAGCCGGCUCUGCAGGUGGCCCCACCAAGGUCCUUCGGUACCUCCUUGAGGCCCGUGGUCUCCGAACCUGUGCCCAAAGCCUAUUCUCCUGUGGGUCGUGGUGCCGGCGAGCCAGACUACCUGGUGCAGGAUUACCGGGAGGCCUAUUCGCCCUACGGCUACCAGCCGCCCUCCGUGCCAGAGCCAAGGAGUUACAGCCAUGCCCCGGCCAGUGCCCCCGUGAGCGUCGUCUCGCUCGGCACCUCCUACAGCCCCGUGGGAUCUCAGCAGCUCCUGGUCUCUUCCCCACCUUCCCCUACAGUCCCAGCGCAAAACCAGCUGCCCCCCAAGGGACUUGAGAGCUACGAAGACCUGUCGAGAUCGGCUGAAGAGCCCUUGAAUCUGGAGGGCCUGGUAGCCCACAGGGUGGCAGGGGUGCAGAGCCGGGAGAAGCAGCCCCCGGACGAGAGCGCCGUGCCCGCCCGCAAGCGGCCGCCCAGCGAGAGCCACUAUGAGAAGAGCUCGCCGGAGCCCGGCGCGCCGCGCAGCCCCGCGCUGCGCUCGCCCGUGCACAGCGUCUCGCCCGAGGUGGUCAGCACCAUCGCGGCCAACCCCGGAGGCAGGCCCAAAGAGCCUCACCUCCACAGCUACAAGGAAGCCUUCGAGGAGAUGGAGGGCGCCGUCCCCAGCAGCCCCCCUCCCGGCGGCGGCGGUGAGAUUUCUCCCCCCACCCCAGACCUCCCCGUCUCGCCACAACCCCCUUCCUCCGAGCCCCUGCGCUCCCCGCCCGGCCUGGCCAAGACGCCGCUGUCAGCGCUGGGGCUGAAGCCCCACAACCCAGCUGAGAUCCUGCUGCACCCGGUGGGAGAGCCCAGGAGCUACGUCGAGUCGGUGGCACGGACAGCCACAACAGGCAGAGGGGGGAGCCUGCCGGCCGUCCAGCCGGAGACCACUGAGGUGCCCACCAGGAAUGGUGCCUUCAACUCCUUCAUCGCUCCCAGCCCCAUCUCCACAAGCAGCCCCAUUCACAGUGUGGACGGAGCCUCCAUCCGCAGCUACCCGUCGGAGGGCAGCCCCCACGGCACGGUUACGCCUCCCCACGCUGCGGCCGAAUCCACCUACCGGUCGCCCGUCGCCUCCCAAGUGCCCUCUGCUUACAGCAGCUACCAAAACUCGUCUCCAUCCUCCUUCAUCGCGGCCCAAGGCGGCGCCCYGGGCACAGCCUACAGCAGCCCCGACUACCCCGACAGCCGCGGCGGCCUCACGCCGGACCCGCAAGCUCGGCCGCAGCCGCAGGUCAGCGUGGUGGGGGUGCACACGCUGCCGGGGAGCCCCCGCACGCUGCACCGGACAGUGGCUACCAACACGCCGCCCAGCCCGGGCUUCGGGCGCCGCGCGCUCAACCCCGGUGUGACGGGCGCUCCCGGCAGCCCCGGUUUGGGCCGCCACGCGCCCGCGGCGCCGGGGAGCCCCGGCCCGGCCCGGCACCAGGCGCUGCCCGGCGCUCCCGCCGGCAGCCCGGCCUACGGCUACGCCGCCCCCGAGGAGAGGCGCCCCACGCUGUCCCGGCAGAGCUCGUCCGGCUACCAGCCGCCCUCCACGCCGUCCUUCCCCGUCUCGCCGGCCUACUACCCUGGCACCAGCACGCCCCACUCCUCCUCGCCCGACUCGGCUGCCUACCGGCAGGGCAGCCCCACGCCGCAGCCCGCGCUGCCCGAGAAGAGGAGGAUGUCGGCCGGGGAGCGCUCCAACAGCCUGCCCAACUACGCCACCGUCAACGGCAAGACGUCCUCGCCCCUCUCCAGCGGCAUGUCCAGCCCCAGCGGCGGCAGCGCCGUCACUUUCUCACACACCCUGCCGGACUUCUCCAAGUUUUCCAUGCCAGACAUCAGCCCUGAGACUCGUGCCAAUGUCAAGUUUGUCCAAGACACUUCCAAGUAUUGGUACAAACCGGACAUUUCCAGGGAGCAGGCCAUCACGUUGCUGAAGGACAGAGAGCCGGGGGCUUUCAUCAUCCGCGACAGCCACUCGUUCCGGGGAGCCUACGGCCUCGCCAUGAAAGUGGCCUCCCCACCUCCCACGGUCAUGCAGCAGAACAAGAAAGGAGACAUCACCAAUGAACUGGUGAGACACUUCCUYAUCGAGACCAGCCCACGGGGCGUGAAACUAAAAGGAUGCCCCAACGAGCCCAACUUUGGGUGUCUCUCGGCUCUGGUGUACCAGCACUCCAUCAUGCCCUUAGCCCUGCCCUGCAAGCUGGUCAUUCCUGACCGAGAUCCUACUGAGGAAAAGAAAGAUUCAGCAUCGACCACCAACUCUGCCACGGACCUCCUCAAACAGGGUGCGGCCUGCAAUGUCCUUUUCAUCAACUCGGUGGAGAUGGAGUCGCUCACGGGCCCCCAGGCCAUAGCAAAAGCCGUCUCUGAGACGCUGGUCGCCGACCCCACACCCACCGCUACUGUCGUCCACUUCAAAGUUUCUGCUCAAGGCAUCACCUUAACAGACAACCAGAGGAAGUUGUUCUUCCGAAGACACUAUCCUCUCAACACUGUCACCUUCUGCGACCUGGAUCCCCAGGAAAGAAAGUGGACUAAAACUGAUGGCAGUGGCCCAGCCAAGCUCUUUGGCUUCGUGGCCAGGAAGCAAGGGAGCACCACGGACAACGUUUGCCACCUCUUUGCCGAGCUGGAUCCGGACCAGCCAGCUGCAGCCAUUGUCAACUUUGUCUCCAGGGUCAUGCUCGGCUCCGGCCAAAAAAGAUGAGCCGGUGCUCGCGGGUGAUUCUUGAAUUUUGGAGAAGGACUUGGAGCCGGUCCGAGAAGGAGUGCAAGGAAGUGCAUUGUGGGAGAGGGAAGUGAACUGGGGGGGAAAGGGUUGGAAUUUUGGAGGAAAACAGCAAACAACAACAAAAAAAAGGAAAACACAACAAAACCCCUAARAACUCAACACAAGCCAAACACACCCACAGAGGAAUCAAAGCCACGCACCUAUGUAACAGAGCCRCAGAGUUGUGCCAAAGAGGGAAGGACAUGGAUGCAUGUCCCAUCACAGGGAAGGCGACCGAAGCAAAGCCGGAAGCGAGAAGUGUGUUCCCAGCUUUUGGCAUUGCAGUCCUGAGGCUGGACCAAGCAGUGAUUCUCUCUCUGGACUGAAUUCAGGAUUAUGACUGAUAUGCUGCCUGAAGAAAAAGAACCACCGGAGAAGCUCCAUUCCAACAGCUCCUUUUGCAAAAGUCUGCUACGUGUUUGAAACAACCCACAGGAAAUAAAACCUUGCCGGCACAUAAGCCAGGUCUGCAGGACGACGGAGAUGAUCUUGGAAACCUUCCCAUGCCUGGCCGCAGCAGAGGGUCUUCGUGAGCCCCCGUGCUUCUUCCCAAAUCUGCUGGCCGCCUGGCGACUUGCUGGGACACACGAGAUCUUGAAGUCUCCCAUAUCCUGGGAGCUUGGGCUGAUUUCAGAGCUCGGUCAGAGUCGGGGACUGGCCACAGGUGAGCAGCGUGAGUCCACCCAGAGAGGGAGAGCUGCAGCAUUUCCACACAGUUCCCCAGGGAUGCUGCCGCUCAGGCACGUGCCUGUGGCACGCGGCAUCGUGUCCGGGUGUUCCAUCCCUCCGGCACUUAGGAGAAGGCAAAUGCACACGGGAACUUUCUGAAUCGAUCUAGAGUUGCCUCCUGUCCUGCCUUCCCUUUUUCCCUCCUGUCACUAGUCCUCUUUGGCAGUUUUCUCCUGCGGCCUGUCACAUUGUUCUCGUAACAAAAAGAAAAGGAAAGAAAAAUAUUGUAAUAAUAAUAAUGUUAAUAAUAGUGGAUGCUGGCACAGAUGGGUUGUCUGUGCAAGGCAAUGGACCCGUGGCUAGCCCUAUCUCUCUCUUUGGAGAUAUGCAAGCAGUUUUUAAAUUGCAUGGAUGUUCAGUUGCACGAAAGGCGAAUGACUACAAGUAACUGAGGCGCUUUUUACAUUUUAUUUUGGAGGCCACGUUAAAAAAAAAAAAUUAAGGGAAAAAAAUAUAUUAGGACCUGCAGUCACUGGACAGAUUUGGCUUGGUGGGGAGGUACUAGGUCCUCUGAGAGCCAGCCUGCUUGGCCAGUGCAUCUCUCGUAGUUGGCAUGCUGGAGGCUCGCACCUCCAAGAGUCCUGUCAUGUUGCAGGGACUUAAGUGCUGUCGGCUUUUCCCUUUGCUUUACGAGGCUCGUGCAGGGUAGGAGGGGACGAAGGGCGAGCAGAGCACCCGGCCCCUGAGCCACGGCGCCCGCGCCAGCAGUGGGGGAGCAAGUGGAGGUGCCCACUUGGUGGGGACGUAGGGAGCACAGGACAUCCUGCUCACACGUCCAGAGGCAGGAGGAACAGUCUGGACAGAGCUGCUGGGUUAUUGAAAACAAGGGCUGAGCCGCCGGCUGUGAACAUCCCCCACUAAGAAGCCCCCCAAGCCAUAUAGGAAUGGCCCUGCUGCCUGUAUCCCAACUUCCUGG